AAACACGCCUAGAAAAGGUAAACCUGUAGUUAAGGUUUAACUUAAGAGUCUUCGUAGCGCGCUAAGAGACAACGUUAUCGGGAAACGCAGCCUUGCACAAUACUGUAAGUGUAGUCUAAUUAUAUUUUUUCUGACAGUUGAUCUGCAGUUGGCUCUGGAUGAAUAUAUUGAUCAAAUGAAUAAAGAUAAGCCUGGUUUACUUAAGAAGGUGAGACACACAAGGCAGAUGGGUCUUGCGAAGGCGAGAAUCUCAGGCUGGGAGGCGGCAACAGGCCAAGUGGUAGCCAUUUUGGAUGCCCACAUUGAGGUUCAUAAGCAAUGGGCAGAGCCGCUCCUUGCAAGAAUCAAAGCAGACAGGACAACAGUGUUGUCGCCAGUGUUCGAUAAUGUCAAAUUUGACACCCUGGAUGUUGUUCGUUAUGGACCAGCGGCUCAUGCGUUUGACUGGGCCCUUUGGUGCAUGUAUGAGUCCUUCCGGCCAGAAUGGUUCAAACUUAAUGACCCAUCAGAACCUGGAAAGAGUCCCUCUGUAAUGGGUAUCCUUGUCGCCGAUCGUCAAUUCUUGGGAGAAAUUGGUGUUUUGGAUGAAGGAAUGGAGAUUUAUGGGGGAGAGAAUGUUGAACUAGGAAUACGUGUCUGGCUUUGUGGUGGGAGUAUUGAAGUGGUGCCGUGUUCCAAGAUAGCGCACAUAGAAAGAGCACAUAAGCCCUAUUCACGAGAUCUCAGCAAGCCCAUGAUGCGAAAUGCCCUGAGGGUGGCUGAAAUAUGGAUGGAUGAAUAUAAAUCAAAUGUGAAUAUUGCCUGGAAUCUACCAUUGAAGGAUCAUGGGAUUGACAUUGGAGAUGUGACAGAGAGAAAAAAGUUACGAGAGAAACUCAAAUGCAAACCCUUUAAGUGGUACCUGGAAAAUGUUUAUCCACAGCUAGACACCUGGGAGAACCUAGUGGGUUAUGGUGCGUUAAAGAAUGACCUACAAGAAGACCUCUGCAUUGAUCAAGGACCUGUACCUGGAAGUGUACCAAUUCUUUAUAACUGUCAUUAUUAUAAUCCUCAGCAUUGUCACUACAGCCGUAAUGGGGAAAUUUAUGUUGGAGGCAUCAAAUCUCACAUUUACAAUUCUAACCGGUGCCUAUUGGAUUCUGGCUCUGGAAACACACCAACAUUACUUGACUGUAAACAAGCCAAAGAGAAAGGACUUCAUAUAGAGUGGAGCUUUAUCCAGGGCCAAGAAAUAAGAAAUAAAAAUACAAACCGAUGUCUUGAGAUUGCACAAGGAGAGGAUUCAUACUACCACCUUGUUAUGCAAAACUGCACAGGUCAAAAUUGGAAAAUACAACAUGUUGUCAAAGAAUUUUAAUGAACAGAAUUUAAAAAAACAUACAGGUUCAGAAGAAAUGGUUAAAAUAUCCCAAGCUGUCACCCCUUAAAAAGGUCUUAAUAUGAAUAUAUUAGAUACAGAUAUACUAUACAUCUGGUACCAAUAUGCACCUUUGAGGUACUAAUAUAAGCUUUAUUGAAAAGGUACUCUUCCAGUGACAGCUAGGGACCAUUUUGUUACCAUUUUUUUCUGGGUCAAGUAAGAAAACUUUUUUACUUUUAUUCAUUUAACUUUUGUGUAUUUCUGCUCUGUUUUAUGUUAAACCAUACCUUGGUGCUUUACAGAACAUUUUAUUCAUUCAUCUUUCAACUUUUGGUGUAUAGAUCUUAAAAGUACAGCAUACAGAGCGUGUUUUGCUUCAUAAACUUUGGACGUUUGCAAACUGUUUUUACUGUUUACAUAACACUGUGUUAUGUAUGGAUAAAUGUUAUUGUUUUUAUUUGUUUGUCUACCAAUAAUUCAUUGUGGUUUAUCACACUGUUAUAUGUGACUUGACUUUAUUAGCUUUUAUUAAUAUCAAUAACAGCUAAUAUUAAUAUUAGUUGUUAUUAAUGUCUCUUAUAAUAGAUAACAGAUUGCUUUCACCACUAAUGAACUCUGUAUCAAAAAGUUUAUUUGUAUUGAAUGUUACUGUUGGGAGU